AGCUGAGAGCGCGACUGCUGCUGCUGCUGCCUCACGAGAGUCCUCCUGAGCCUGAGCGACAGCGUACGAGGUGAAAACACUGAAGAGCGACCUCAACAACUUCCAUUAUUACUGGACCUUUGCAGCAUGUGAGAGGAAAAAAUAUAACUUUUCAUAACGGGUUAUUUCUGGUUUUCCUUUACUACAGUGAAAAAAAUAAGACCUUGCUUUACUAUGUUUUCUGUCAAGUUUCUUGGGAGAGUUUGAAGACGAAUAUAACUCUCUUCGUUUAUUCAACGCUGGAGAUAACGGUCAAGAUUAACAAAUGAGGAAUAACGAGUGGCAACUUUAAUGUAAACAAUAAAGCAACUCAAAAACUUGAAGAGAGAUAGAGAUACAUGAAGAGAAAGAAUUUCCCCCGCGAAACUGGACUCUUGAAAGUUUGUUUUGCGCGAGCACUAAAUGAUGCAUCACUGAAACCACACUUUUACCGAGUGACCAUCGCAGGGUAAUUUCUAGUGUCCUGGCACCUGGCUCCAGAACAGAUGUCCAAGGAGGACCACAGCCACAGUGCCAGCCCGCCCAAACAUUCAGAUGAAGCCCAACCAGACAGCCGGCCCCAGGAAACUAUCACCAACCCAUGCCCAGAAGGGAAUGAAACCGGUGAGCAGACAGCACAGAAUUCAAACACUCCACCCAUGGAAAAGACAGGAGAUGUGGAGAAUGGCAACAACAACAACAGCCUGUCCCAACCAGACCUCACCAGCACUCCUGGCAAAAGCAUAAUAUAUCAACCUCAGGCACGGUCUACACCCAUACACCCCUCGCUAGCUAGCUCGACUGAAUCGGCAGCGCUGCUGAGGAGAGACAGCAAGCCACAUAGCAAUGGGGUCAGAAACGGAACAUUUUCACGAGCCGCCUCCUCGUCCUCCUCAUCUUCAUCCUCAGCCCAUAAAAACCCCAAGAAGCUGCAGUCAAACCCAUCCAUCAACAGUCAGAGGAGCAAAGGUAGCUCCAAAUCCAACAGCUCCCAGAUCCCCACAGAGGCUCAGGAUGAUUGCUGUGUCCACUGCAUCCUGGCCUGUCUGUUCUGUGAGUUCCUCACACUGUGCAACAUCAUGCUGGACUGCGCCACUUGCGGCUCCUGCGCAUCAGACGACUCGUGCUUCUGCUGCUGCUGCGCUUCAGAGGAAUGUGGCGACUGCGACCUGCCCUGUGACAUGGACUGCGGCAUCAUCGACGCGUGCUGCGAGUCUGCAGACUGCCUGGAGAUCUGCAUGGAAUGCUGCGGCCUGUGCUUUUCCUCCUGAGACUCCCAUAGGGGGCGCUGCCUCUUUCACUGUUUUGAGAUCUGAGAAACAGGCAAAGACAGACAUCAAUGAUCUAGAGUGGCUGCAACCUAGUUGGAGUUGUGAGUUACAAUCUGGUAAGUUUCUUUUGAAGAUUUUCUUCGUCUUACUAUGAACUGUUUCUGGACUGAUUUCUGUUUAAAAUGUUUUGUUGAGUCUAUAUUGGCAUGAUGCUGAAUAAAAAUACAUCCAGAAGACGUAUGAGGCCACUGGGAAAGGUCAAAAAAACAUUGUACGUCAAUGUUUGUUACUUAUUUGAAAUCGUCUUAGUGCCAAGCUUUUAAAAAAUGCACAAACCAGUGGUUUAAGAAUUCCACUAUAAUGCACACCAUAAAAGAGCUUGAAUUGCAACUCAGAUCUGUUUUAUAAAACAAUGGAGUCUCCUAAAAACAUUCCAGCGUUGAGUACUCAAUGAAGACGUAUCCAAAGAUCACAUAAACUACCGGAUUUUUUUUUAAUGGUAAUCCUAAAUUAUCACCUCUCAGUAUGCACACUUACUGUAGUACACUGGUGUAGUCCUCUAAGGAUUACAAAAGCCAUAAAAUGUGAGUGUGAAACUCAUAGAUGUAUGCGAGCGGGAGAAGGAUGCGUGUAUUUAAUAUAUGCUGCCAUUCAACAGUUAUAUCAUAGAUUGUAUAUAAACGUGAAGAGAAUCCUUUCCAUCUCUACAUUUUGGUCCUGUGAUGUUUUUAUCUUCACUCUUUUUAGCAUUUUCACUACAAUCAAUCUUCUUGCAUACUGGAAUAUUAUACUGUAAACCAUUGUGAAUUGCUCUGUAUUUUUUUCCCAAUGUGAAAUGUCUGUCUUGUAAUUCCAAAACUUUACAUUUAAAUCAGUUGUGUGAAUUUAAAUGUUAGUUUUACGUUUCUACCUAUUUUUUUUCUUUCUAGAUGUAGUAAAUAACUAGCAUUAUCGCAGUAUUAUUUUAUCCUUUCAAAAAAAGAAAUCUAAAUCUAAAGCAGAAGGUGAUUUAGAGGUAGUCUUGAGAAUCAACCCAGGAUAAUUCAUACCACAAACAGUACAUACUCAUACAGAAAAGCAAUGUAAUGCAUUGAUUUGAAUCGUUUACAUUUUAAGAACAUGUUUCUAUUGUUGCUUGCAAUAAAACUAGAGGUAGAAGGGAUUUUUAACUGGACAAGAGUGUACAACAAUGGAAUAAAAGAACAGGAUAAAAGAAAU